UAAGUGCUUUGCCUGAUUCAUGGUUGCACGCAUUUGCUCCUUUUUUUUAAAGCACGAAGUAAAAUAGUUUCUUUCAUACGCACCUAUUUAUUAUUCUCGUUAUUCAUCGACUCUUUUGCGAAUGUAUCGUAAAAUAACUUCUAUCGGGCUUGGAAUUUAUAAAUAAUAUUACGCGAAUCCAUUUCUGAUUUCAUUGAUACAGCAUGUUGCAAAAUAGAUAAAAAAAAUUAUAACAUUGGCCAUGUUGAAACGAAACUUAAGUAUCAAGUAUACUACCAUCUAAGUUCUAAUUCUAUUCAAAAAGAAUUACUAAGCUCAUGCCACAGACAAUAAAAUUCGAUCUAAUGCAAUCGAUUCUACGUCAUAUUUCAGUUGACUUUGUGGGAGGUGAUGACUUUGGUUGGCAGGCCACACGCCGUUGCAUCCUAUGUACGUUAGCUACUCGGCUCUUCCAUCACCUGCCCACCCUCACAAAAAUUCCGCUCAAAAUUACCCCGCAGGCACAGCUAGCUCUCAUCAAUCCGUUUGUCACGAUACCAGCUUCCCAAAGCAUAACGAUAAAACGUUUAACAGCUCUGGACGAAGUAAAUGUAGCUUCAGAAACGACACGAUCAAAACUGAUCGAACCAAUCUGUCCAAUCGCGAUUUGAAGUACGUUGAUUACUCGAACGACUAUUCAAAUCCAUUGGAUCAUUUGCAAAGGCCUGUGUCCCCUUAUGACGAGUACGAUUCGUUGGACAGUGCUGCCAAAUUAAAAUAUCAGAAAAACAAAUUGUAUUAUCCGCACUCGUCCAAGUAUAGUCCCGUUGCAUCACCGCGUGUCAAGUCUCGACCUGCCGCUGCAAAGCAAAAUAAAGCCUCCAACAAGCCUAGAGUCUUUAUCGAUCAUGUUCGCGAACAACCGAUGAGGUCGUUUUAUUCUGAUCCAAGAUUGGCAAUUGAAAAUCAACAGAACGUGAAUGACCAAGAGAAACAGAAUAGGUCUAAAAGAGACAGUAGACCUUUAUCUUUAUAUGCCAGUAAUUUUUAGAUUAUUAGGAAUCAGAGAAUUAUUGUAGUUAUUAUUUUAUUUUAUUUUUUUAAAUAUAUUUUUAAUCGAUUCGAGGUUUGACUCGUUUUAAAA